CGUGUCUUCACAACCCGUGUUCGUUGUCUUGUCUUGCCUUUCCCCACAGACCACAACCAACCAGCGCUGCAGGAUUCUAUGCAAGCUCCGUCCGGCCCUUGUCCGGCCUGAGUCACCCGGGCUAACCUGCAUCUCGGGUUCCGCGGCGGGCGGGGCGGAUCUUAGCUCUGGAGUCCCAAACAACGCUCGUAUAAGUCGAGACCUUAAUUCAACCUCAACCCUUCACUAUCAGUCAACUUGCCUAGCCCAGCCAACUCAACCAACCACCACAACAAACACCCCAACCCAUCGCCGCCAUGUCCACGGUACCCACCUCCUCCCUCUCGGCCCGCGCCGUGGCUAGCUGGGAAGACAAUGCCGCCUACUGGGACAGCAGCAUCACCAAGCACGGCAACAAGUACUGGAAGCGGCUGCAGGAGCCCUCGCUCGCCCGUCUCAUCGGGCCCUCAUCGUCGCCCAACCAAAAGCCCGACCCGAACCGGGAAUACCGCGCCCUCGAGCUGGCCACGGGCAACGGGCUCUGCGCGCGCUGGCUCGCCCACCGUGGUGCUUCGGUGCUGGCCACGGAUGCGUGUGAGAACAUGCUCGCGCUGGCAAAGGGUCAUUGUGAGCCGGGCACGGUAGAGGAGAGCAUCCGUUUUCGUAGGGUGGAUGUCACGAGCGAGGAGGAGUUGGGGGCGUUGGCGGCGGAGGGGCCGUUUGAUGUGGUGUUGCUGAAUAUGGCGGCUAUGGAUAUUGCGGACUUGGCGCCGCUUGCGAAGAAGCUGUCGAGCUUGCUUGAGGUGGACGGGGUGUUUGUGGCGACGGUGCUGCAUCCCGUUUUUUUCACGUCCAACGCUACUCGCAGCAUCGAGGUGGGAUACAGCCCUGUGACGGGCGAGUGCGAGAUCGUCCGGGGUAAGCUGAUUAAGGAGUACAUGUCGGUGCCCCCGGCGGUGGGCAUUGCGAUUCCCGGGCAACCGGUGAAGCAGGUUUACUUCCACCGUCCGAUACAUGAGCUGUUCGGCAUCUUCUUCAACGCCGGCCUGGUCAUGGAUGCCAUGGAAGAGUUGGCGUUCACCGAAGAGGACGCAGAAGACGACAGAAUUGAAUCCUCCAGCAACUACACACAGCUACCGGCUAUUCUUUCAUUCCGCAUGCGGUUGCCAUAGGGUUGAGGGCCUGAUAGGAGGAAAUGGGGACCUAUGUCGAGGGUAUAGGAUGGAGUUUGCGCACCUUGCUGGCUGUGG